AUGAACGUGAGCGACGAGCUUGUCGCGCGCUGCAUGGCGCUGUCCAGCAGCCUCCUCAUGGCCUUCCCGACCAAGUCGCCGAUGACGCCGUACCUCCCGAACGUCCUCCACGUGCUGCUGCAGGCCCACGCCCUCCCGCCCGACCUCGUGCCCUCGCUGAGCUUUGUCGCGUCGGUCAUACAGCAGCUGUCGCAAGGCCAGUACGUCGACCCGAGCGCGAUCCACAGCAGCCUCUACCAGCUGCAGGUGCCGCCGCUCAGCGCGUUCGUCUUGCCGCCGUAUGGGCUGUACCGCAGUCCGUACCCGUUUGGCUACUUUUACCCGGCGCCACCACCGCAGCUCUCGCACCCGGCGCCGAGCAUGGAAGGCAACAACAACUAUAACAGCGCGCACGAACUGCCGCCACCGCUGCCUGCGUCGUCAUCCGAGCCCGACCACCUCGCCUUUUCGUCGCUUGGGUUGCAUCCGCUCGACGCAAUCGAAACCGACGCACCAGCAACAACGUUCGAGCCGCAAGGGUCUCCUGUCUUGUCCGAGAACGACCAAGAGCUCAGCUUGAGUGCCAAGCCCGCGCCGAGCUUUGGCAUGAUUUGCUCGCCGCGCCACCGCGUAGAUCCUACGCCACGCCACGAGGACGAGGUACCGGACGAUGUCGAGUUUAGCUUUGCCAAGGACAUGCUCCUUCAAGACUUUGGUGACGCACCCCGCGUGUACGUGCCACAAGAAAACAAUCGUGCAAACGACGAUGACGACGACGACGACGGCACGACCUUUCACGCGCUGCAGUUUGACCCGUUCCUCACACGCCUCACGACCGACGAACCCGCGCCAAAGGAGCCGCAAAGCCCAAGCACGUCGUCGGAGCGCAGCGUCAACGACUCGGACCACGACGACAACGAAAGCGACGCGCACGAGGUCGAGAAGGAUGACGCGUCGGCGUCGCCAACCGCCACGGAGGACUCGGCCGACGACGUGGUCGUGAAACGAGGGUAUCUGUACGACGCACCGACCCCGCAAGAGAUCCAGAAGCAGUCGAUCCAAAUCCACGCCAGCUCCGAGAUGCAGACCAACAUGACGGCGGACGACGUUCGCGCCGCGACCAUAAGCUGGGUCGACCGCAUGCAAGCGGAAGGCCACGCGUUUGACGAGAAGGCCGUGACCAAGUUCUUGGAGCUCGCGGCCGCCGACCCGUUUCGCGCCGUCGGUAUCACGGUGAGCUUUGAGCUGCGCAAAGAGAGCAUCCUCAACAAGUCGGCGUGGCUCAGCCGCGCGUGCUUCAACUGCCAGCGCAAGUACCACCCGCCAACGGGCCGCAGUCGCCGCCACCGCGGUCCCAAGGCCACAAAAGCGUCGCGCUAA